AUGGGCGCCAUCGACAUUAUCAGGGGCCGAGACGAAAAUGGACGCACAUCCAAGUCCUUUGUGCCACCUCCGAUCUAUGAGGACGAUGCUGGCGCACAAAAAGAGACUGGCAAGGAGAUUUCGGCUGUCCCGGCUGGGGAAGAGUCGUUAGAGUGGCACGAUGAAAAAGAGGUCCAGGCGCAUCCCGACCAAAUCAAUUCAAAUGCCGAUAUCGGCUUGCAAAAGGCUGAGGCGGCGGCCUUGGUCUACACGAAGAAGGUGGUGCUCGGAAUAUAUGGCUGGAUCUGGCUUUGCUAUUUCAUGCUGGCUUUCCAUCAGACCAUGUUGUCGAACCUUUCGCAAUAUGUGCUAGGUACAUUCCAGGCCGCGCCACAGGUUACGACGGCCUACAUUACUGCGGCUAUUGUGGGAGGUGUGUUGAAAUUGCCGCUUGGAAAGACCCUGAAUUUGUGGGGCCGUGCCGAGGGUCUGUUCAUAUCCGUUGUCAUUUAUGUCAUUGGAAUGAUCAUCCUGGCCGCGUGCAAUGGACCCAACUCAUUUGCUGCUGGUUACACCCUUUACUGGGUCGGCUAUUACUUUAUUUAUCUCAUUUUAGAGAUUUUCAUCGCCGAUACUACUGGACUGCGCAACCGAGCCUGGGCUUUUGCGUUUUCUACAACCCCUUUUAUCUGCACGGCAUUUACUGCGCCGCUGGCGGUGACGUCUUUUAUAGAAACGUCUGGAUGGCGUUGGGCAUUUGGUGCUUUUGCCAUCAUUCAGCCUUGUGUCUUCAUUCCUUUAUGCCUUAUCUUUAAAUUUUAUGAGAAGAAGGCUCAAAAAUUGGGAGUGUUUAAGAGAGAGCCUAGUGGCCGGACCACUUUGCAAUCUAUCAUUCAUUAUAUUCACGAAUUUGAUGUGAUUGGUGCUUUCAUCAUCAUGGCUGCAUUCAUUCUCUUUUUACUACCAUUUAGCUUGACAUCUUACGGCCUCGCCGAAUAUUCUAGCGCCAAGUUCAUCGCUAUGGUUGUGAUCGGAUUCUGCCUGUUCCCAGUCUUUGCCAUUUGGGAGAGAUAUUUUGCUCGCAAGCACUUUAUCCGGUGGGAGAUUUUCAAAAAUCGUUCUAUCGCCGGUGCUUGUCUGCUCAGCCUCGUUUUGUUCUUCAACUUCGACCUAUGGGACACAUACUUCCAAGCCUUCCUGCUGGUUGUCUACGACCUUGGCUACACCAAAGCCGGCUACAUGCUACAGACCUACAAUGUCGGGUCCUGCUUUUGGUCCGUGGUGAUGGGACUUUACAUUUAUAAAACCAAACACUUCAAGUGGGCUUGCUUGUGCUUCGGUUUGCCGCUCAUGAUGCUCGGCUCCGGUCUAUUGAUUCAUUUCCGUGGCUCUGACCAAAGCAUCGGUUAUAUCAUCAUGUGCCAGAUCUUCAUUGCCUUUGCUGGCGGUACCCUGGUUAUCGGUAACGAUAUGGCUGCUAUGGCUGGCGGUGAUCGUGAGGGUAUCCCACUGGCUCUUUCUCUCAUUAGCUUGUUCAACAAUGUCGGGAGCUCAAUCGGCUAUGCCGUCUGUGCUGCCAUCUACAACAACACAUAUCUCGGGGCGCUCCGCAGUCGUCUCCCUGCUGACGAACAAGCGAACGCCGAUGCGAUAUUCCAGGGCUCUUUCGCGACUCAAUUGAAAUACCCGGUUGGCUCUCCGGUCCGCGAGGCGGCUGCUUAUGCUUGGGGCUAUUCCCAGCGAAUGAACUGCAUUGCUUCCACAUGCAUUUUAAUCUUGGGUAUCCCGGCGAUUCUUUUGUGGAAGAACUUCAACGUCGACAAGAAGCAGGUCAAGGGUACUGUAAUCUAG